UCUUAUUUUUUUCUUUGAAAAAUGUUAUAUUUUCCACACCGGAACGUUGCUCUGCAUCGACGCAGCCCAUGACCAGCAGGUUAUUUAUUUUUAUUUUUCAUUUUUUCUGUCUCUCCAGCGCUGAGGGAUAUUUCAGCUAGCAGCUAGCAUGUCGAGAAACUGAAGAGACCGCGUUCAGUGCCGUUGGAACAUGUCCUAUGUUCCCUUUCAAGAUGCGAGGUAUGCUGUUCCCCCCUCCUAUCGCCCCCAGCCCUCAUAUGCUGCUCCGUCCUACGAGCAUCCUGGCUGGAAUCCACGCAUGAUCUCUGGAAAUCAGCUCUACAUGUUGGACCAGGAGGAGGUUCAUCCUUUGUUGAUGCGCGAGCGGCGCUCCGAGUCGCACAGGAACAAGCUGCUGCGACGGACGGUCAGCGUGCCGGUGGAAGGGCGGCACCAUCCUGAGAUGGCAAUGGAGGCUUCCUUGGCUUUCACCCGUGAAGCUCGUCUUGGUUUAGUGUGUGACGUUGAAACCGUGCUUUCGGACUGCUCCAGUGUGGCAGGGCACAUUACCCUGCUGAAAGAGGCCACUGCCAUCGGGAAAUACCUGGUGUGCCUGGUCCACAGCAAUGUUUAA